UUGUUCCCAGGUCCGUCGUGUUGGUAACAGUCAAACAAAAUGGCAGCACCGAGGGAAGAAGAGGCAAGAGCCUACCUGGAAGAACACAAAAUAAUCGAGCUUUUUAACAACCUUACGGCACAACUUGUGUACAGCAGACCAGACAACCCGAGACAGUACCUGAUCCAGUACCUUGAGAGGUUACGUACGUCUAAGUUGAGUCAGUUGGACUACCCUGUCCUGUUUGAUGACACCAACCUGCAGGCCUUGUUCGGCAUCCUGGACCCCACAAGGAAGGGCUUCAUCACAUUGGAACAGUACAAACAUGCGAUGGAGAAUCUAGGGUGUGUGGACUAUGACCCACAUCCAGUGGGAGCAGACGCUGAUCAGAUCAACAUGGACACCUUUGUCAGGGAGGCGAAACACGGUGUCACCAAGUCAACUGCAUCCUUCAAGCAGUGAGGAGGAUGGACAUGAAAAUGUGUUAAUAACUGACUUUUGCUGUUAAAGGCAUCCAAUGUAAUUUCAAAACAAUAUUCUGGAUCAGGAAAUCUACUUCAUUAGCAACAUCACAUUUUUGCCUCACUACAUUAAAAAAAUUACCAGAAAAUUGACUUUAAAAAUUCAGUUUGUCCUGAAAUUGCAUUGGGUGCAUUUACUAGGUACCUCAAAGGUACCUGAAGGCUUAAAGUACUGUGAUGUACUGUAAUGUAAUGGUUGAACAUACAUGUGGUAAUGUGAUGUAGGACUUAACUUGUAUAUAUUUGAAAAGUUUUGUACACAUUGGAGUGUAGACAAAAUACAGAAAGUACACCAGAGAUUACCUAACAGAGCUAGAUUCUGUAUCCAUGCUGGUUCUUCAGCUAAACAUGUGAGAACUUACAAAAAGAGUCAUUUAUAGAGGAAAUAAAUUUAAUUGAACCAUUAAA